AUGACAGGUUCUGGUUUGAAAAUUCCUGCCUCCGGACUCACUCUUCGCAAUGAAGAGCAGUCCGGAGCCGGCUCGGCAAAACCCGCCCAGAUCAUGCGGCUGAGCCUGGUGCAGAGCACACUGGACGAACUGAUUCAAAGUCUACGAAACGACCAACCUGCCCGAGUCCGCCUGGGGAAACACCCGUCUCUUCAUUAUGGCGGCAAGUCCCAAUCCUUUCAUGCCUACCCCGAAACACACCGUUCCGAGAUCUACCAAAGUUCCACCGACGAUCGGACCCUCUACUUCACUGGUGUUCUGAGCCACAGCUUAGAGGUGGAAAAGGCCAAACAGGCUACCGCAGCUACUGAUCAGGCACUGGCAAAUCUUGAGGAGAGUCUCAAUGCCUUUGAGCGAGGGAAGGAGUCCAAGAAAACACACAUUAUUCAGCAUCCCGAUGAAUUGAAAGCCCUGCGAGCUGCUGGUGCUCACCGAGCUCCUAAGAGCAAAUCAGAGCUGGACAGGGACCGACUGCUUCGAACUGCCGCCAAUCGAUCUCUCACCUCAAGCCCAGUCCUCGGCGCUCCCAAAUCCCCACUGCCCAUCCUCACACCGACCUCCGCUCCUGCUUCACAGGUCAAAAACAAUGCCCGUCUCGAAGCUCUCAAGACCCCUUUCAUUCACCUUCUCGCCGUCCGAGCCGUCUCGCCCAAGUUCCUCUCCCGUCAGACUUGCUCUUCCAUUGAGGAUUGCAGUAACCUCGCUACGAAGUAUGGCGCCGAGAACCGACUCAACCGCGAGAAGUUCGAUCUCAAGGACAAAUCCUACAAGGACCUGGACGUGUGGAAAUUUCCCUAUCCCAAUCAGGAGGACCGACAACAGGCCAUCGAGAAUGCCAUUUCUGCCUUCGAUCGGAUGCGGAUCUCUCGCUCUGAUAAACUCUGGCAGAUGCUUCUUUCGAAGGAGGAGCGAGGUAAAGGGAAGUGUCUGUCACGUCUCAAACUGAGCACCGGUCCUAUCAAGAAGGCCGCUGCUCCUCCUCGUAUCCAAGUCGGCGGAGCUGAAGAUGGAGCCAGAGAUGAUGAGAGCACGAGCAAUGAGCAGGACCGUUCUGCUAGUUCUAGCUUUUCCAUGGGAUUGGAUGGUGCUGCACCUCGAUCAAACCCGGCUGCAAAGAAAGAGCCCGCAAAACGGCCUGCCAAGGGAAAGACUACGGCGCCCGUGAGUAACAGCACAUUGACUGGUCGGAUUACCAAGAAGACCGGCGGAAAGACUCUCGCUAAGGUGGAGACGAAGUUCAAAUCUGAAGAGUUUGUACACUCAUCGGACGAUGAAGAUUCCGAUAUGCCCGAGGCCACGCCACCUUCUCCCCCGGCACCACCACCUCCGCGGCAAGAGAAGGCGGCUCCUCCGCCUAAGAGACCUCAGCCUCAGAAGAACCUUCCCAAAGCCCCAGUCCCUGGCAAACGGCCCGCGGAUACAGCAUCCAAGACGGCUGCAAAGCCUGAUACGUCAACUCCCAAGUUGGAAGCCUCUCAGCCGAGGACUGCCUCCAAGAAACCUGUUUCUCGACAAUCCACCUCCCCUCAGAAGCCAUCUCCACUUGGAUCUUCGCCUCCUGCCAACGCCUCUGAUGUGCAAAACCGCAACCGCUCCGAUAGUCACAACCAGUCCUCCAGUUCAUCUUCAUCCUCCCCUCUCAUUACUCAACUGUCUCGAGCCAACAAGGGCUUGACAGCUGCACGUGCGUCAAAACCUUCAGGACCAUCCAAUGGCGUCACCAAGUCUGCAGCUGCAGGCGCAAACCCCUUGAAGCGCAAGGCGGAGCCAUCAGCGGCACAUGCAGCACCUGUACGUACGAGCGGGAAUCUGGACCAUAAGCGGCGACGAGCAGUCAGUGCCUCCAGUGGAGGAAGUACAGGCAGUGCAUCCCCACCAAUGAGCUUUGACAUUGCGCGGCAGCGGCUGUGGGAACGGUCGCAGACAUUCAAGAGGAAUUAUGCCAAGUACCGCACCUUGCAUAAGAACCUUGAGACGCAGGCCCACCCAUCUCAAGCCGAUCUGGAUAAACUGGUGAGGCAGCACGAUUUUCUCCAGAAAGAAAAAAUGGAAAUCUGGGAAGAAGAUCGACGUUUACGCGAGGGUAUUCUCUCGUGA